ACUAAAACGGCUACCCCUCUGAUACCAGAUAGUGGAAGGGGAAGGUAAUAUUUACAGCAAGCUGUUCAGCACACUUAUAAAAGGUAAUGUGAAAGCAAAGUACCGUACUGUGUACCAAACCUCAAGGGAGGGAAGGCUAACCAAGGGAAGUACACUGUGUACAAAGGAAUAUGGUCUAAUUAGAACUAGAAUUCUCGAUACUGUUUUCUAGUGUCUCAGUAGCUGAGCUCUCGAGCACAGUGUGAGGAUGACUCAGCCCAUGCUCAGAUCAUCUUUAAUGCCUGCUAUGCUUAUUUACGUUAAAGUUCACAUGCUAUUUUAAGUCUUCAGUGUUUGGAGGUAGAGGGUUACAAGCAAAGCGGGCGGAGGGGGGAGGGAGGGAUAGAAGAGAAACCAGGGGAGGGGAGGUUAAAACACACCAAAAUACCUGGAUCAAUCCUUCCUGCUCCCCAGCUACUCUCUCUGGAAUAGCUUGUGCUCCUCUGCCCACUUCACUAAGGGGAUUCCUCCACAAGCACCAAUUAAUAAUUCAUUCAUAGGCUCCAGUCCCUUACCCUGCAUUGAUUUACUUAUGCUGCAUUUCCUUUCAUUCAUAAGCCUUUCCCCGUCCUGAUCUCUCGGAGAGCGACUCGCUGCAGCCAGGGAAGACGCUGCAAACGUGCCUUCGUGCCCAAGGACAUGCAACACACGGCUCAGUUCAGUGUGCGAACCUGACCUAAGCCCGGGGCCUGGGAAUCCGCCGCUCCUGCGUCUCAGCAUGUCCCUUCGCCACGGAUCCGCUCUGUCGUCUUUUCAUCCCGUCCUCUUCCCCCUCGCGGCGACUCUGCGGCCGGGAUGCUUCGCUGGUUGCGGCGCGAGGGGCUGAGCUCCAGCCAUCCUUCUCCUCUGUAGGGCUGGGUGACAGAUGCUUGUCCUGCAGCAGUGCACGGUCUGAAUUGGCCAGGGCUCUGGGGGGGAGGGGGUGCACGCUGCCCCCCUCCCGCUCCUACCAGCCCUGCUGAGCUCCUAGGGCAAUGUGCACUGCUCCCUUCAGCUUCCACUCGGGAAGGGCUGAGUCGCACUCUGAGCUCCUCCAGACUUUGCCUGGCACUUGGCCCCUGGUCCCUCUCCUCCGGCGCCUGCUUUGCGCUCUCCGCGCUAUCCCACUAAAAGGCUGCUCCACUGAACCAGUGCAUUGGCUGACUUGAUCUGGGAUGAAGGCUGGAGCUUACCGGCGAGGGAAAGGAGACCUGCAGGCAGCUUUCCAUCUGUAAAGUGAACAGUAAUUGCAGGGAGGCAGUCUCCCCGCUUGGAAUCAAUAGAGGCUGCUUGCUCGCUGCUAAGGGCACUUUGGAGCAGCAGCAGGGCACGGAAGUAACUCCAGCACACUGCUGACUGCGGAGUUGUAAAGAACUACAUGCAAAGUGGCUGCAGCAGUGCUGGAAAACGCUUCGCUGUUACCAAGGUCACAAUAGUUUUUUCAAGUCAUUAGAGCUUUUUUCUCUGGUCCUCUCCUUCCAUUAUCCAGAGAGGGCCAUUCCUGGGAGAGAUGAGAUUGGAGCUGUGAUUUUUUUUUUUUCCUCCCCAGCGCUGCUUUGGAGGGGGUUGGGGGCGAGAAGCUUUAAGCAAGCAGAUACGCUGCUGAGAUCAGCUCUGCUCGAAUUUCCCCAAGUCGUCUCAGCCUCUGAGAGAAACCAUGAUUUUAAACCUACUCCGGGCUUUUUGGGGGGUCUUUUUUAUUUUCUGGACAGCUUUUAACACAGCCCUAGUGGAUGUGGUCGGAUCAGAGCAGCAGAUCCCCUUGUCGGUUGUAAAGCUCUGGGCCUCUGCUUUUGGUGGGGAGAUCAAAUCCAUCGCAGCUAAAUACUCAGGUUCCCAGCUUCUGCAAAAGAAAUACAAAGAAUACGAGAAGGAUGUUUCAAUAGAAGAAAUUGAUGGCCUUCAGCUUGUGAAAAAGCUAGCAAAAAGUAUGGAAGAAAUGUUUCAUAAAAAGUCUGAAGCUGUACGGCGUCUUGUUGAAGCUGCAGAGGAUGCUCACUUGAAACAUGAAUUUGAUGCUGAUUUACAGUAUGAAUACUUCAAUGCUGUUCUCAUAAAUGAACGAGAUGAAGAAGGAAACUUUUUAGAACUGGGGAAGGAGUUCAUUCUAGUGCCAAAUGACCACUUCAAUAAUUUGCCUGUGAACAUCAGUCUGAGUGACGUCCAAGUACCAACCAAUAUGUACAACAAAGGAAUUAAAUGGGAACCAGAUGAGAAUGGAGUUAUUGCAUUUGACUGCAGAAAUCGAAAAUGGUACAUACAGGCAGCUACUUCUCCAAAAGACGUGGUCAUUUUAGUUGAUGUCAGUGGCAGCAUGAAAGGACUCCGUCUGACAAUUGCUAAGCAAACGGUAUCAUCUAUUUUGGAUACCCUUGGAGAUGAUGACUUUUUCAACAUAAUUGCUUAUAAUGAAGAACUUCACUAUGUAGAACCGUGUCUGAAUGGAACAUUAGUACAAGCAGACAGAGCCAACAAAGAGCACUUCAGGGAACACCUCAACAAACUUUUUGCAAAAGGAAUUGGAAUGCUGGAUAUAGCUUUAAAUGAAGCUUUCAACAUUCUCAGUGAUUUCAAUCACACAGGACAAGGGAGUAUUUGCAGUCAAGCCAUAAUGCUGAUCACUGAUGGUGCUGUCGACACAUAUGAUACAAUAUUUGCAAAGUAUAAUUGGCCAGACAGGAAGGUUCGCAUGUUUACCUAUCUGAUCGGAAGAGAAGCUGCUUUUGCUGACAACCUCAAAUGGAUGGCCUGUGCUAACAAAGGGUUUUUUACUCAGAUCUCUACAUUAGCUGACGUACAGGAGAACGUCAUGGAAUACCUCCAUGUUCUUAGCCGACCAAAGGUUAUUGAUCAAGAGCAUGAUGUGGUAUGGACUGAAGCAUAUAUCGACAGCACUCUCCCUCAGGCUCAAAAGCUUGCUGAUGAUCAGGGAUUGGUUUUGAUGACCACUGUUGCCAUGCCAGUAUUUAGUAAGCAAAAUGAGACUAGAUCCAAAGGGAUUCUUCUGGGAGUAGUUGGCACAGAUGUUCCAGUUAAAGAACUUCUGAAGGCCAUUCCAAAAUAUAAGUUAGGUAUUCAUGGAUAUGCUUUUGCAAUUACAAACAAUGGAUACAUUUUGACGCAUCCAGAACUCAGACCAUUGUAUGAAGAAGGAAAAAAGCGAAGAAAACCUAACUACAGCAGUGUUGAUCUUUCUGAGGUUGAGUGGGAAGACAGAGAUGAUGUGCUUCGAAAUGCAAUGGUGAAUCGGAAAACAGGGAAAUUUUCUAUGGAGGUGAAGAAGACAGUGGACAAAGGGAAACGGGUAUUGGUGAUGACAAAUGACUACUAUUAUACAGACAUCAGGGGUACUCCUUUCAGUUUAGGUGUGGCUCUCUCUAGAGGACAUGGCAAAUAUUUCUUCAGAGGGAACGUAACUAUAGAAGAAGGUUUGCAUGAUUUAGAGCACCCUGAUGUAUCUUUGGCAGAUGAAUGGUCAUAUUGCAACACUGACGUACAUCCUGAACACCAUCAAAUGGCUCAGCUAGAAGCUAUUAAACUCUACCUCACAGGAAAAGAGCCAUUGCUUCAAUGUGACAAAGAAUUGAUACAAGAAGUUCUGUUUGAUGCAGUGGUGAGUGCACCGAUAGAAGCUUAUUGGACAAGUCUAGCACUAAAUAAGUCAGAAAAUUCUGACAAGGGAGUGGAAGUUGCCUUUCUUGGAACCCGGACAGGGCUAUCUCGUAUCAACUUGUUUGUGGGACCAGAGCAACUUACUAAUCGAGACUUCCUGACAGCUGAAGACAAAGAGAAUAUUUUUAAUGCUGAUCAUUUUCCACUCUGGUACAGAAGAGCCGCCGAGCAGAUACCGGGCAGCUUUGUCUAUUCAAUCCCAUUUAGUACAGAAACAGCAAACAAAAGCAAUGUGGUGACAGCUAGUACUGCCAUUCAACUUUUAGAUGACAGAAAAUCUCCAGUGGUUGCAGCUGUAGGUAUCCAGAUGAAACUUGAAUUUUUCCAGCGGAAGUUUUGGACUGCCAGUAGACAGUGUCCGUCUCUUGAUGGAAGAUGUUCUAUAAGCUGUGAUGAUGAAGCAAUUAACUGCUACCUCAUAGAUAACAAUGGAUUUAUUUUAGUAGCUGAAGACUACAGACAGACUGGGAACUUUUUUGGUGAGAUCGAGGGGGCUGUGAUGAACAAAUUGCUAACAAUGGGCUCCUUUAAAAGAAUUACACUUUAUGACUACCAGGCCAUGUGUAGAACAAACAAAGAGAGUAGCGACAGUGCCCAUAGCUUACUGGACCCUUAUAAUGCCUUCUUUGCUGCAGUAAAAUGGAUAAUGACUGAACUUGUCGUGUUCUUGGUGGAAUUUAAUUUGUGCAGUUGGUGGCACUCAGAUUUAACAGCAAAAGCACAGAGAUUGAAACAAACCCUAGAGCCCUGUGAUACUGAAUAUCCAGCUUUUGUUUCUGAACGCACUAUAAAGGAGACCACGGGAAACAUUGCUUGUGAUGACUGUUUCAAGUCCUUUGUCAUCCAGCAAAUCCCAAGCAGCAAUCUCUUCAUGGUGGUAGUAGAUAAUGAAUGCAACUGUGAGUCUAUCUUGCCAAUUACCAUGGAACCCAUAGAAAUAAGGUAUAAUGAAUCCCUUAAAUGUGAACGUUUAAAAUCUCAGAAGAUUAGAAGACGUCCAGAAUCUUGUCAUGGAUUUCAUCCUGAAGAGAAUGCAAGAGAAUGUGGGGGUGUUCUAGGCCUUAGUGCUAAACCAACUCUUGUUCUUCUUCCACUGCUUUUGGCAAUUUUCUCAAGGUGACGUUGACUGAUGUGUUCACUUGGCAUGCUAAAUACAUGGAAAAACUGUGAACUGAGAAAUGGUGCAACAUAGAUGACAAGAAAUAUAGUCAAAACAUCAGCAUUUUAUUGUUUUAAACUGUUGAUGAGAUAAACUUAAAGAUAUGUUGAAAAAAGUUUCUUUUUACUUUGCAAGUCAUGCAAAUGUGAAUUUGCCAUAUGAUAGUCACAAUUCAUCAAAAAAGGACUUUAAUAGAUAUACACAGGUGUCCAUUACUUUCUGCUUUGUCCCAUUGAAACCAAUUUAAA